AUAAUGUAAUAAUCUUAUGAUUGUCCAAUAUGUUUAAAUAUUGCUGUAGAUCCAAUUCAACUAUCUAUAUGCAAACAUAUAUUUUGUUCACCCUGUUUCAUAGACUUAUUAGAUUAUAACAAUCAAUCCUACAGAUGUCCACUCUGUAGAUAAAAUUAUUUAAAGAAUGAACCUUUGAUUGUUAAUAAAGAUUUGGCAACAAAAAUAAAGGAUAGUAAUCCUGAACUUUAUGCUUAAAGAUAAUAACAAAUAAUUCAACAAUAAAUGAUGUUACCUAAUUAAAUUAAAGUGAGUGUUGUUUAUGGCAAUUAUUAUUAAAGAAUCAAUACAUAAGAUAAAAAUAUGAAUCAAUGGGAUCUAAUUGUGAAAAUGGAAUAUAAUAAGAGUUCAGAUCAAAUUGCACUUAAGAAUUUUGAUCUUAAUAAUAUGAUUGAAUCAGUAUUCAUAGAAUAAUAUAAUUUUAGGUAACCUACUAUUUACAUGAGACAUUUAAACCAAAUGUAGUUACAGUUUAAAAAGCUCCAUUUUAGUUAAAAAGAUUAGGAUGGGGAGUAUUUAAUAUUCCAAUUCUAAUAAAAUUUAAGAAGGAAUAUAAUAUUCCAAAUUUGGAAGUAGAUCAUUACCUUUCUUUUUAAGGAGAUGGUUCUUUUUAGAAAUAGAUUACAAAAUUAGAUAUUAGUAAUGUGAAGGAAUAUAAACAAUUAUAAUAAUAGUAGUAGGAGAAUGAUUAAAAAUAGAUAUAAUUGUAAUAAAAAUAAUGA